AUCCUCGCUCUUCUAGUAUAUAAAGACCGAGGGAACCUCCAAUUGGCACGCAUUACCUGAUCGUCAGACAGUAAAGCCAUUCUCAAUCAACAUGUUCAAACUGUUUGUGUUCGCUGCCAUCCUGGCCUUCGCCGCCGCUGCCCCAGGUUACGUAGCUCCGCUGGUGUCAGCGUAUUCUGCACCACUCUAUUCAGGAUCUCCAUUAGCCUACAGUGCCUACAGCUCCUACAACGCACCUUACUACGGAUACGCAGCAUCCUACGGUCUCCCCUACGCAUACGCUGCUAAACCAGCAUACUACAUUUGAAAUCCUCCACGACAUAAAAAAUCAUCUGAUCCUCAGAGACCUGCACCUUCCGUAUUUUUCGAUCUCCACCCACCCCACACCACAUCUAUUCCAACAGAAAAGUAUUUGUGUACUUAAAAAAAUCAUGUGGAUUGUCUCCGCAUUCAUUCAUGUUCGUCACCUGAAAUUAUCGAUUAAACUGCUUUCACCGUA